GAGAAUGCUUCUGAAACAUCACCAUACAGCCUGAAAAACUCACAGCGACCCAAACUAGGUGUACUGUAUUCAUUGCUUUUUCAUUACAAUUCCUCACUGCCAUCUCACAGUGUACCAAUAGUUUCUUGUCCCCUGCCUCAUGAAAGUCUUUGGCAACACACUUUUAAGAACUCAUUAUUCUUAUAGUCCUUAGGCUAAAUUAAAAUAUGUAUUCUCAGCUCAAGUAGGAUUGUUUGGGUUCUUUGCUUGGAAUGAUGGCAUGGCACAUACUUUGAAGAAGAAUUAAAGGAGAGGACUAGAGAAUGUUAUAAAAUGUGUCAUGGUUGUUGGAGAUAGCAACCUUCUCAAGCCUCCUCAGUUUUUUUAGCUCUAUGUACUUGAGGCCGUGGGAGGGGCUGCAGACCAUGUGACUGGUUCAGUGACAGUUUAGAAUGUUCAGUUUUAAAAGGAUGACAGUUGAGGCAGGAGUCUGUUUAAGUACAGAUGCCAGUUUUAGAAAUUAGAAGUCAGUUAUGGCUUGAGUUUCCUUGGAAGUAGACUGUUAUAAAAGAGAGCUAUACAGAGCAAUAUAGUUUUGAAAAGACUGAUAAAGACUAUAAGUUAAAGAUACAAACUGAAACGUUUUGAAGUUUAACCUGACAAGAAAUGCUCCUGUAUAUUUGAAUAUAUGAAGUUCACUAUGUCUGAAAAACAGAAGGACUUGCUAGGCCUGGAUCGACUGGAAUACCUGCAAGCGUUGGUCACAGAGUUUCAAGUGUCAGAAAGUUCAGAAGCCAAGGAGCAAGUGCUGGCGAAUCUUGCUAACUUUGCUUAUGACCCCAAGAAUUACGGAUAUCUCCGACAACUGAAGGUCCUGGACCUCUUCCUGGAUAUGCUCACUGAGGACAAUGAAACCCUUGUGGAAUUUGCACUUGGUGGCCUUUGCAACCUCUGCCUGGACAAAAUCAACAAAGACUAUAUUGUGGAGGCAGAUGGGGUCUCUGCUGUGGUCAACUGCCUCUCCAGUUCCAAUGAGGAGACUGUGCUGUCCGCUAUUACUACCCUGAUGUAUUUGACCACCCCUCAGUCUCGCCAGCAGAUCACCGCCCUCCCAGUGAUCGAGUGCAUGCUGCGUUUCUCUGUCUCAACCAGCAAGAGGCUCCAAAACCUGGCAACAAUCUUCCUUGAGGACUAUUGUACUGCUCCUCAGGUAGAGGAGGCCAGGAACCUGACUGAACAUACAGCACUAGGGAUCCCAUUACCUAAGGACUGAUGCAGCAAAGUAGGCGCCAGAAGGAUUUUCUUUAAAGAAGCAGCAGCAUUCCUUCUUGCUGGCAAAGCUACUUGCAAGAGGGAGGAGAACCAUUGCACUUUAUCUAGUGACCAAUAGGAAAUUUUGACUGUUUCCUAUUAAAUGCAAAUUUGACACUCUUCUCAUUUCAGGAGCGCCUUAAAUAUUCUGAUAAGAAUUGUUUUGAAGAACAUCAUGUACACAGGUUGUGUCACACUAGGGAAGCAUUAUAAUAUGGGUCUUUAAUGGAGUCCAUUUUUCAUUUAUUUUUAGAGUAAAGAGAAGGUUUCUGAUGAUUGAACCCUAAAGAAAUAUGCAAAAGUCUUAAUGGUGUGGAGCUACUGCUUUUUGUAGUUUUGUAUAUCUGUAUGAUGCUAAAAAAUUAUACAAGUGGAUGUAAAUGUUUAAUAAUCUGAAUAAUCCAAGCAUAAUCAAAUGAGAUACAAUUUUGUUGCAGACUGAGAAAGACAAUAGGACAUAUUCCCACCAUUUAGAUUGGCCAGCCAAGUUUGUGCUUCCUUCUUCCCAGCUCCAAGUGGGAUGUCAAUUGAUGUGCAAGAAUCUCUUUUUAUUCAGCUUUGGGCCUUUUGCUGUCCAGUAUUGCUCGCCAGUCAUCCUUCCACGACUCCAGUCUUCUUUGUGGGGGCUCCAGCUUCAGGUGCUUGUUAUGGCAGCAAGUGAACAAGAUGUGUUCCCAACUUGGAUUGGGUUCCACUCCUGAGAUGAAUCAGAACGACAAGUUGCCAUAGUUUAGGUAAUGUUAUUAUUGUUUUCAUGUUGAUGUAUUUUUAUUUUAUGUAUUAUGUAUUUUAUGUAUGGCGUCUUUGUAUGCUAUUUUGUAAGCCGCCCUGAGUCCCUAUGGGAGAUGGUAGCAGGGUAUAAAUAAAGUUGUUGUUAUUAUAGUGACCAUAACAUCACCAGAGACAAAACAUUCAAACGUGAACUUCAUACCUCAAAUUCUCAUACCUCUAAUAGUGUCCUUGUCAUCAAUGAGCAGAUUCGCUGACACAAUUGUCUUAUCUCUGGUCAGAAUUAUUCGCUCCACAAACUCUGGACCCAAGUGCUUGUGAACCCAGUGGUACUGUCAAUAUUAAAAGAGUUACAAUGAGAGCUUUCAAAAAGCCAUUUCGCAUGUAGGGAAUCUGACCACACAGUAUUAAGAAGAGAUGUCUGAGCAGCCCCACUACUGGUGAUAAAAUUCAUCUGAAAUACAAUCUGUAAAGUUAUUUGCUCAUUUUACAAAUUGCCUUGGUUGCAAUGUUUUAUACGCUGUCUUGGGAAUGAACUUCAUUAAAGAACUUCACUAGUUUGUGUGCCUCAUCAAGUGUGAAGGAUACACACAUGUAGAGUUAGUUAGAAAUACACAGUGUGAAGGAUACACACAUGUAGAGUUAGUUAGAAAUCUCUUUUUAAAAUAUUGGAUGGAAUGACAUAAUACUUUUUUGAGAUACUGAUUUAAAAUUAAACAAUGCUGCCUCAGA